AUGGUCCGCAAUCUGGAUCCUACGACGAAGAUCUUCUUGGCACACUACGCCAAGCACUACAAAGCAGAAAAGCUGGAGGACUUGUCUCUCAACGUGAUGUUCUUGAGAAACACUAUGUCGAAAAAGUUGAUAAAUGUGUGUGAGCUCGGACACGUCCCAUGGCUCACGGUGGAGAACGGGCAUGUGUCGGAAAAGAGCAAAAAGGAUGUUGACAUCAUAUUCUUGCGCUUGUCCGGCAAGGUUUUUUUCGAGAUUGUGGAGCCGCAGAAGACAAGGUCCAAGGCGCCUCGGCGCGGGCGGUCUGAGUUGAUUGCCGGGGUCAUCUCGUUCGCCAAGAAGGCCAACACUCUUGCCGACUUGUGGCAAGGAGAUAAUCCGAUCGACCAAGUCUCGAAACAAAUUCGGAAGAUUGCUGGAUUCGGGGGCAAGGGCUUCCGCAUGAAAGAGAUUCUCUUCGACAUGGCGGAAGCGACGAAGAACCAGUUCAAAGACAUCGAGAUGCAAUUGGUUGAUUUUGGCGUGGCAAUGUAUGUGCAAGAGCUGCGCUCCUUCCGGGAUUAUGUGCAGCAGCACACCAAAGUGCAAGCGCUGAAAGACCUCAAUCUCCUCGGCGUCCAGUUCGCCAUCUGCGAAGCGAGCAAAUACAUCUUUUACCUCCAAUACGAGAGCGGCAGCAUCUACCGACCGAGUACACGCGAGUUCGAGUUGCAGGUUGCGGAGCCGUCAGACAGCGACCUCAGACGACUUGCGGCAAUUUGGGUAGUCUGGGAGAAAGGGGAGAAAGACGAUGUGAACGAGGAGGCGAUCGUUGAUCAAGAGUUGCACCCCGACAGCGUGAGCGGGCUUGGAUAG